AUGGAACUCGAUCAGUAUAUGGAUGAACCUCGUGCUCAAGCAUUUGAUUUUACCCCAUUGAAUUCAACUGUUAAUUCACCCGAUGAAACAUUUGGAUCGAUUAUCAAUAAUAUGAUGAUCGAUUCUUGGUCAUCCAACGUAUCUUUCACGUCCUAUUAUCACGCUUGUGCUCCUUCGACGUGUACAUUCGAGAAUAAACAUCGAAUGAAUAUUUUUCUCCUGGUAACAACCAUUGUGAGUAUUUUUGGCGGCUUAUCACUUGGCUUGAAGGUUUGUAUGAAAAUCAUCCUUGAAAUUUGGGAAAAAGUAAUGAAUGGUUGCCAUCAUACCAAUUCAAUCAGAUCUUGUGUUAUUCAUGACGAACGCCAGUUAACGAGUCGACUGAAUUCCCUCUUACUUGCUAUAACACUCUGCUGUUUAUUUGUCAAUUCUGCUUUUAAAUCUCGUUUAAUUACCGUACAGAUUCUCAAACCAUCGUUGACAACAUACGAAGAUUUACUGCAAAGUUAUGCAGAUACAGUCCAAUGUUCGUGCUCACAAAUUUCGAUUCAAUACGAGUCAUUUGUAACCAUUGUGCCUCACUUUCAUCAGAUAUGUUCCAGUGACUUUGUGUCAAACGAAUGGAUUAAUUAUAUUCAAAAUCGACUGAACUCGACUGAACCAUACGAUAUAGAUGAUUGGUAUUAUUCAGCAGAUGCGCAGUUUCAGUUACUUGCUUCGAUUUGUCAACUGACACAGGAAACAGUUAGUAGUGCAAUCGAACGGUUAACAGCAAAUUAUCUCAUUAAUAUCGAACUUCUAUCGAGAGCCUUAUUAACGAAACGAAUUCGAAUGAGUAUUGAUCAGUUGCAAAUCAUCUCACCAAAUACAUUUCGAAGAACAUUCUUCCUAAUUCGGGAGUUUGUCGGUACGAAUAUGCUGUUGAGUGGACCUAGUACCAACUGGGUAAUUAACAUUCCACAUGAGAUUGUCGAGGGAGGGACAGUCAAUAUGAAGCCAUUGACUUAUAAUGGGUGUAGCUGUGAACAGUCAUCACAAUGCGUUGAGUCAUCGAGAGGAAUGUUCGUCGGUUGUUAUGCAUUGGAGGCUCUUUUGAAAUCGAAACUAGCGUGUUUUUACGAUCAACAAUGUAUUGAUACAAGUCAAGUAUUUCAAGCAAUGGAUAGUUCAUCUCUGCUAUCUAGUCGGUUCGAUAGUAAUUCUACGAUCGAAUCACUUGUUGCUCAACUGAUGAUCGAAGAAUAUACACGAAAUCUGUCCUAUGAAAAGUAUUUAGAACAAUGUGCAGCAUCGUCUUGUACUUAUUCAUAUGUGUUGAAACGUGAUAUGAUUGUAGGGAUAACAUAUUUGCUUGGACUGUAUGGAGGUUUAUUGAUUAUCUGUCGAAUAUGA